CUGGACGUGGUCUACAGUCUGGAAGUUUACGUCGUAACGCGCGGUUCAAAUUUUUCUUACGCUUCGCAGUGUUCGUAUCCGAGGAGAGUACGCGGUAUUAGUCCAGCGCCUCUUGAAUUUCGGGAGUCCUGCUCGGGUACCCUUGUGUACUGCUGAAUCGAUUUUCGGAAAGCGGUUCCAACAUUCAUGGUUCUUGAUUUUCGCUAGGUGCUAGUACAGAAGCACUAGCACAGUUCGCCGUCCAAGGGAUUACAGGUGGAAAAAGUGGUGUGAUCGUGGGAAGCAGAAAGCAAGAGUGGAAAUUAAGCAAAAUUAAAAACGUUUUCAAGGAGCAGUAGUUUAGGAGUGUGUGGCGACCUCGGAAAUCUAUCUGUUUUCAAGAAUGUUAUCAAUGUACAAUAUUUAUAAACCAGAACCGCCUAUAGACAGCUCUUGACUAUUGUACGUUUCAUUUCACUAAUUCCGAGGUCAGCAGGAGUAACAGGAGGAAAAAGAUCGCCGGCGGCCAUCCUUGGCGAAUCUUAAAGACCGAGAUCGUGCGUACCAAGCAAAAAACGUAGCAGUUGGAAAUUCCACACGCAAAUUUCUGGCCCCAAGGUUCUAUUUAAGUUCGCACCCGAUUGCCUCCAACGACGGAAGAAAGCAGAAGGUUAUCAGCACACAAAUAUUCAACCAUUUCUGGCACCGAAAUUAAUCACUACUGAAGAUGGCACUCGACUUCUCUGCAGGAUGUCUCGGAGGAUGUGCAGGUGUUCUGGUGGGGUAUCCUUUCGAUACCGUGAAGGUGCACUUGCAAACUCAAGACUACAGGAAUCCCAUCUACAAAGGGACCAUCGAUUGUUUUCGGCAGAUUCUCGUCAAGGAAGGGCUUCGAGGAUUCUACCGGGGUAUGUCCAGCCCGAUGGCCGGAGUUGCAGCAGUCAAUGCAAUCGUAUUCGGAGUCUAUGGGAAUGUUCAGCGACGUACCAGUGAUCCCGAUUCGAUGUAUUCGCAUUUUCUAGCCGGUACAGCCGCUGGACUGGCUCAGAGUUUCAUCUGCUCACCCAUGGAGUUGGUCAAAACUAGAAUGCAGCUUCAAGAGAACCUCCCAAAGAAUGCGACAAAGUUUGCGGGACCGCUACAGUGCACGAAACAUAUCUGGAGAUCCGAAGGAUUUCGAGGGGUUUUCCGAGGACUCGGAAUCACUGCAGCUCGAGAUAUGCCUGGUUUCUCAAGUUAUUUCGUGUCUUAUGAGAUGAUGGUACGAAUGUCUCCUAAUCCUUCGCCGUUUUACAUCCUGAUGGCUGGAGGUCUAGCGGGCACCAUUUCAUGGUUAUUCACAUUUCCUAUAGACGUAUUGAAGUCAAGACUACAGGCAGACGGUAUGUCCGGACAGCAACAGUAUCAAGGAGUGGUAGAUUGCUUCAAGAAAAGCUACGCCCAGGAAGGAAUCUCAUUCCUGUCCCGUGGACUUGCCUCCACCCUCCUGAGAGCAUUCCCUAUGAAUGCCGUUUGUUUCCUGGUCGUUUCCUACGUGAUGAAACUGUUCGAUGAUAAAUCUAGUUUAAAUUUAAAUUUAGCACCUGUCGAGCCCCUGCUGAUAGUACAACAACCUCCCGGAGCAGUGAAAGUAACUCAUAACAAAAGGCAUCACGAGCUACACGAUCAUCAAAUCCUGAGUAUGAAACAAAACACGUUUCGUUUCCUGAGCUUCCUCGGCGCCUUUCACGAGGCCGUUUGUUGUGCCGAAAUGGAUGAACUGGCACACGAUCUACAUCUGAACGAGGAUGGCGGAUAUUACUACGCAAGAAUUAACGAACAUCUUAAAAACUCUGAUCAGGAAUACUGCAAUCGAUUCCCGUUCGUCGACUAGCACAGUAAAACCACCUGAAAGAAAAACUCCUGCAUUUAAGAAAAACGUACUGCUUUAUUUAUGGAAUAAUUUUGAAAUACAUUUUUUGUUUUAAUAAA